GGUGGAGAAGGGCGUGGGACGAGCUUUCCUGUGAUCGGCGGCUGGAGCGACGCGGGAGAGAGCGGCGACCUCGGCGGCGGGGAACCUUCGAAGGGUGUUGCCAUGGUGAUCGCGGUGGAGGACAGUGUGGUGCAGGUGGUGGUGCGUGUGCGGCCCCCCACCCCGCGGGAGUUGGAGAGUCAACGGCGCCCUGUGGUUCAGGUGGUGGAUGAGCGGGUGCUGGUGUUCGACCCUGAGGAGCCCGAUGUGGGGUUCCCUGGCCUGAAGUGGGGCAGCACCCAUGAUGGCCCCAAGAAGAAGGGCAAAGACCUGAAGUUUGUCUUUGACCGGGUCUUCGGCGAGGCUGCCACACAGCAGGAUGUGUUCCAGCACACUACCUGCAGGAUCCUGGACAGCUUCCUGCAGGGCUACAACUGCUCAGUGUUCCGCCUACGGGGCCACCGGGGCCGGAGAAGACACACCACCAUGCUGGGAAGGGAGGGCGACACCCGGCAUCAUGUAACCUGACCACCCAUGGAGCUGUACAGGCGUCUCGAGGCCUGCCAGGAGGAGAAGCGAUUCGAGGUGCUCAUCAGCUACCAGGAGGUGUACAAUGAGCAGAUCCAUGACCUCCUGGAGCCCAAGGGACCCCUUGCCAUCCGUGAGGACCCCGACAGGGGGGUGGUGGUGCAAGGACUUUCCUUCCACCAGCCAACCUCAGCUGAGCAGCUGCUGGAAAUGCUGACGAGGGGGAACCGGAACCGCACCCAGCACCCCACAGAUGCCAACGCGACUUCCUCCCGUUCCCAUGCCAUUUUCCAGAUCUUUGUUAAGCAGCAGGACCGGGUUCCAGGACUGACCCAGGCCCUUCAGGUGGCCAAGAUGAGCCUGAUUGACCUGGCUGGCUCGGAGCGGGCGUCCAGCACCCACGCAAAGGGGGAGCGGCUGCGGGAGGGUGCCAACAUCAACCGCUCUCUGCUGGCCCUCAUCAACGUCCUCAACGCCUUGGCAGAUGCAAAGGGCCGCAAGUCUCACGUGCCCUACCGGGACAGCAAGCUGACCCGUCUGCUCAAGGACUCCCUUGGGGGCAACUGCCGCACAGUGAUGGUCGCAGCCGUCAGCCCGUCCAGCCUGGCCUACGAGGACACCUACAACACCCUCAAGUAUGCUGACCGGGCCAAGGAGAUCAGACUCUCGGUGUAGGCAACGUGCUCAGCCAUGGACUGUCACAUCAGCCAGUACGCCACCAUCUGCCAACAGCUCCAGGCCGAGGGCCAGGGCUCUGAGGGGCUGGACUUUCUUCCUUUCCAGGUGGCUGCCCCUGAGGGAGAAGCUCCAAGUGUACGAGGCAGGAGCCCCGGCCACCACAACAGGCCCUCCCACAAUCCCCCAAAUCGGGCCUUCCAACAACCACACCAGCCCUGCACACCAGAGUUCCACCCAGGGUCUGGGGUCCUAGAGGAGAGCCUGGGGGCAGAGGCCCAGGUGGAGAAGGUUGUGGAAGAGAAGUGCCCAGCCUGGGAGCAGCCCCCGAAGGACAAGGCUGAAGGCCCAGCUGAGGAGGUUCCAAUGCAGGUGCCAGAGCAGAACCUCAGACACCCACCUGCAGGGGCCUCUGGCCCCACCCUCCAGCCCAAGCCAGCCAUGGGCAGCCUCUCCCCACAGGAGCUGGGCAGGGACCGCUCUCAGCAGUUGGCCCUGAAGGUGCUGUGCCUGGCCCAGCGGCAGUACUCCCUGCUCCAGGCAGCCAACCUCCUGACCCCUGACAUGAUCACCGAGUUUGAGGCCCUGCAGCAGCUGGUGCGAGAGGGAAAAACUGAGCCCGAGGCAGAGGCCUCUGAGGCUCCCGGCCCGGCCAGCAGGGCACCUCCAGCCCCGGAGCUGUGUCCAGAGUCAAAGUCUCCAGGAUACUCUGGCCCCGUGACCCGGACCAUGGCAAAGCAAUGGAGUGACCUCAUGCCCACUCUGGGGAUCCCACCCAGGCCUGAUCGCACCGUAGCCCAGGCAUCCCGGGGACCCACGGCAAAGAAGAGGAGGAGGAGACUGAGCCCCUCACGGCCAGACCAUCCACCGGCCCCGAAGCCAGUGACUAAGCACCAGCGCCAGUCCUUCCUGCCCUGUCUGGAGAGGGGGUCCCUGCCUGAGGCCCAGCCUUCGAUGGGGCCCAGCACCCCCCAGGGAGGAAGGACCCCCUCCCUCUGCCAUUCCCCUCGCUUCUGCCCUGUCACCGUCAUCAAAAGCCAGGUGCCCUUGGGCCCUUCCGCCAUGCAGAACUGCUCCACCCCUCUGGCCUUGCCUGCUCGGGACCUCAAUGCCACCUUUGACCUCUCCGAAGAGCCUCCCUCAAAGCUGGGUUUCCAUGAACGCAUUGACUGGGAGAACGCCCCCCAGGAGCUGAACAGGCUGGACCAGCCCUUAUUCCCCAGGGGACCCAUGCUUCUGUUCACCAUGAAGGGCCCCCAGCCAGCAUCUUUCCUCCCUGGGAUCUCUGCCUGCAAGAAGAGGCGCAUUGGGAGUGCCUCAGUUUCCCGCUCACGAAGAGUUGCCCGGGGCCACAGCCGCAUCGCCCGUCUUCCCAGCUCCACCUUGAAGAGGCCAGCUGGCCCCUUGCAAUCCCAGAGCCCCCCUUGAGCCUGCGCUUCCGAGGAGCCAGAAGGAACUGGUGGGGAUUGGGCCCGUGCUGUUCUCUGGGAGCUGCAUCGCCAAGACAUCCUGACUGACUGGCUCCCCUACACCUGCCAUUCCGCUUCGUGGCUGGAGCCGCCUGCACCAGGAGCCCUGGCCUGCCUCCCUCAGCUCCGAGCAGUUACUGCCAAUGAGCUCUCCCUUUAUUAUCACCCCUCCCGUGACCAUUCAUUCUGCUACUCACCCUCUUUAUGGAUCUCGUUACACUCGGCGGGUAUAUAUUCAUUCAUGAGUGUUAACACAUAGCUAUUUUAAAGGGUGCCCCGUCUUUCCCCCGCAGUUCGUAAUGCCCUGCCCUCGGUGCCGGCAGGCGGCUAUUUCAUAGUUCCCCACCUCCUGGAGACUAACACUGGGCCCAGGGAUGGUGACCGCAGAGGAGGGGAAUGGGGGGGCAGCUCAGGGAAUCCUAUCUUGGCUCUGCCUGAUUUCCCAGAGAGGGGCGUCUUCAGCCUUACUGCCCCAGUGGGGAGCAGGAGCCCAGGCCUCAGUCCUGGUGAUGAUGCAGGUGACGGUGCGCCUUGAUUGCAAACUGAAGACAGCUUUGUUGCUUUCAUCCUGUGUAAAAAGAAAAAGCCUGAAGAAGAAAGGGAGAGAGGAGAUUCGGCUUUAAUGAUAGAUAUAACUGCUCUUAGUACCUGUGUUUAGUUCCUUCUAUCUUUUAUUUCUGCAUAUAUAUACAUG